AUGGUUUCCCCAGUCAUCACAGGAUAUUAUCGUUAUACUGAUAUUUUCUUUGAAUGGCACCAAGCCUUACCAGAGGCAGAUCGGAGUCCCUUGAGGGCAUCGUUAGCGCAAGAUGCUUUUGUUCAUCCUGAUCACCCCCUCCACAAAGAGGGCGUCGAUGGAGCCGAACUCUUCUUGGGGACGCUCCAGAACUUUGAGACGCGAUUGCUAUUCUCCUCAGCACAGGUGGAAUACCUGAGAUACUGGCUGCACGCCAUGGGCCUCACUGAAAACCUCAUAUCUCUUCCUUACUCCGAUUGUCUUCUAACCGAAUCUAGCCUCCGCCACGUCACACCCGUCAUAUUCAAGACCAAAGACGAGCUCAAGGGUGCUCUCAAGCAAAUAGAAAAGAAUAACAAGCGUCUGAAGGGAGCAGAUCCGAUGUUGAAAACGCGUCGUGAGAUUUUUGAACGCGUUCGCACUCUCUGGGUAGAGAAAGUCGGCGUUUGGUGUGCUCUGGACUUCGAAGCAUGGGACAGGGACCACACCAUGCUCACUGAGUUUGGAUGGAGCUUUGUCCGGUGGAUCGAUGGCCAGCAAGUCGAAGAACAGGGACAUCUCAUCGUGAAGGAAUAUCGCCAUUAUACCAAUACAUUCGUCCAGAACAAUCGCGAGCACUUUUCAUUCGGGGACAGCGAACUUGUCAAUCGAGCUACUUUCAGGACCCGCAUCCAGAAUCUAGUGGCUGACCUGCAAAAGUAUGGCCCACUUUUCUUGAUCUUUCACGAUAAUAACCAGGACAUCAAAUACCUCAAAUCUGCUGCCGUCAAUGCUGACCUGCCCAACCUCAACUUCUUACUUCCCGAUGCAAAGCCCGACAGUGGAGUCUUUGUAUUAGAUACGUCCGACUUAUUCGCCGCACUGGAAGGCGAAGGAGGGCAUAACAGACGUUCACUAGAGCGAGUCUGCAGGCAUCUGCAAGUCCCUACUUCAUUCCUGCACAACGCAGGUAAUGAUGCGCAUUACACUUUGCUGGCCAUAAAGGAAAUGGCCUCUGGCGACCCUCUAGAUAUGCAGAGGGAGAAGAGGUGGCCCAACCGAACAGGUAACACUGCUUAUCCUGCUGCUCCUCAGACCGGAGCUGGAGUGAAGGUCAAAUUCGAGCCCUGGGAGGAAGAUAGCGAUUAUUCAGACACAGAAGGUGUCGGAGGACCUAUUAUUGACAAAACCAAGCCUGAGGAGCAGGUUGUAGUAUGA